UGGACAGCUCCCGGGUGCUGAAGCCAAGGACGGGGCUCGGCGUGGGGGGAACGUGGCGCCAGGCCCAGCCAUGCCUGCGGGGGCCCCGUGCAGCCUUUUCCUCGCCUCUGUCCUCCUGCUGAGGGCAUGCGCCCAGAGCUUCGGCCAGACGCGCUUCAUCUGCACCUCGGUGCCGCUGGACCUGGACAUGUGCGCCUCCUCCCUGCCGAGCAGCGGCAGCGCCGAGGAGCUGCAGACCACCGUCCUGCAGCUCCGGGAGACGGUGCUCCAGCAGAAGGAGACCAUCCUGAACCACAAGGAGACCAUCCGGGAGCUGACCACUAAGCUGGGCAGGUGUGAGAGCCAGAGCGGGCCGGAGGCGGGCCCCAGCGAGUCCAAAACGGGCGGGGGAUCCAGCCGCAAACAGCCCGGCUCGUCCAAAAACACCAUGGGGGAUCUGUCCCGGGCGCCAGCGGCUGAGACCCUGAGCCAGCUGGGGCAAACGUUGCAGUCGCUCAAGACGAGGCUAGAAAACCUAGAGCAGUUUAGCAGGAUCAAUUCCUCAGGCCAGACCAACCACCUGCGGGACGUGCUUCAGAAUAAAAUAGACGAUUUAGAGAAGCAAGUUCUGUCCCGAGUGAACAGCCUGGAGGAAGGAAAGUUGACGAAGAACGAGUCCGAGGAACGCAGCAAAAUAGAGACCACGCUCACGUCCCUGCACCAGCGGAUCAGUGACCUGGAGAAAGGGCAGAAAGACAGCCGGCCGGCCGACAGGUUCCAGCUGACCUUCCCGCUGCGGACCAACUACAUGUACGCCAAGGUGAAGAGGAGCCUGCCCGAGAUGUACGCCUUCUCCGUGGCCAUGUGGAUCAAGUCCAGCGCCUCGCCGGGCGUGGGGACGCCCUUCUCCUACGCGGUGCCGGGCCAGGCCAACGAGCUGGUGCUCAUCGAGUGGGGCAACAACCCCAUGGAGAUCCUCAUUAACGACAAGGUCGCUAAGCUCCCGUUCGUCAUUAACGAUGGGAAGUGGCACCAUAUCUGCAUCACCUGGACCACGCGGGACGGCGUGUGGGAGGCCUACCAGGACGGCACGCAGGGGGGCCACGGAGAGAACCUGGCUCCCUAUCACCCCAUCAAACCGCAGGGAGUCCUGGUCCUGGGCCAGGAGCAGGACACCCUGGGCGGGGGGUUCGACGCUACCCAGGCGUUCGUGGGCGAACUGGCCCAUUUCAACGUCUGGGACCGGAAGCUCAGCCCCGGGGAGAUCUACAGCCUGGCCACGUGCAGCACCAAAGCCCCCGCCGGCAACGUCAUCGCCUGGUCCGAGACCAACAUCGACAUCUACGGGGGGGCCACCAAGUGGACUUUCGAAGCCUGCCGCCAGCUCAACUAGGGCUGGAGCGCGCCCCCCCCCCGCCAGGAAUCAAGGACUGAAGUCUGUCCCCCUCCCCCGUCCGUCCGUCCGUCCGUGCAAAGGCAGCCCCAGCAAAGCCCCAGGCCCCGGCCGAGGGGCGCGCUCCGGCCGGGGGCCGGGCCCAGAGCCUCGGGCAGCCCCCAGCGGCGCCACCCACAAGUAGGGGAGAGGGUUGGUUCGUUCUUCUUCGCUCUGUCUCUGGAGCGCGGCGUCCCCGCUCCCCGCUCCCCCGAAGCGGCUCAUUUCUGUCUUGCCAACGUCCUUCGAAGCCUGCGUGCCUUGGGCUGGUGCAGCGCCUCGGCGCAUCUCUUCACCGGCGUCCGGGGCGAGGACCUGCUCCUGCCCCCCUCCCCCGCGGCUCGGCCCCUUGGAGCCAAGCGGGGGGCGCUGGGUUCUCGGCUCCGUUCCUACCCGCACGCCCCACCCCUCAGCACCUUGGCGGUGGCGCAGAGCCCGAGGCGGCCCCGACUUCGCUUUGGGCCAGGGGGUGUGGGGCUGACGCAGGAGCCUCCGAUCCCCGGUUACUUUGUGGGGGGGGGGAGGCUCCUUCCGUCUUUCAGUGCCGGGGCGCGACUCCUGUUUACUUGGACUGGCUCUGCAGGAGCAUAGAAGAAGGAAGACCCCGCCCCCCCCACACACCUCCCCUCCUUCCUCUAGUGGGCUUGGAAGCGGAGCCGCAAACCCGGGCCGCGCUCACCCCCCCUCUCCUCGCGGGGCAGGGGGACCUGCUUUCUUUCCAAACCCCUCCGAGUCCCCAGGCUCCUUCCUCCGCCAGCCUGACCCCCCCCUUCAACGUUUGACCAGCAGGGGUGUUUCUUGGCCAGGAACAGCCCUGCCCCUGUGUCCUAGGAACUGGGGUUCGGGGCCAGGAGACCCCCUAGGAGCCAUGGGGGAUCCUGUUCCGGCUCUGACUUGCUGAAGCCAACGUAACCUGGGGGCCCUGCUGGGUCGCUGGCCAGUGAUUUACCGUCAGAGCGCCCAUCCGCAGGAGCCAGAGACCCGCAGGGCUGUGGGGAGCUGCGAGGGUGGGGGCAAAGCAGGAGAUUUGGAUCCUCUGGCCACAGCAGGGCCCGAGCUCGGGUCAGGCGCUUGCAGGUGCCCGGACUCUGGUCAAGCGCUUCCCGAGCCGCCCCUCUCCCGCCGGGGGAGGCGGGUUAGCUCUGGCCUGGCU